AUGGCAGAGACAUACGUCGACGACGCUCAAGACAGGGGGAAAAGCGCGACCGCUGCGUCCGUUUGCCCGACGUCUUUGGAUGCCGGUGAGCGUUUUGGCCUUUUCAAGUUGUUUCCCGCUCCAGCUUCGGCUCGCAGUGGUCGAGCUACGGAUUUGUUGGCAAAGAACAAGACCCCGAGUCCAUCGUCGCCUCCAUUGCCAAUGGCUGCGGCGUUUGAAUUUCCGGCUCGUAUAGAGAAUCGGGCCGCUGCUUCGUCUGAUAUCUUGUGGUCCGUGGGGAGGUCAAACAAACGGGGCACACCUAGGAAAGACAGAAGGAAUGGCAAAAGCUCAUUGUCCGUAUCGUCCGUCGGGCGGUUGAGAACCCGUGUGGCAACGACUCGGAGUACGGCAGUGCCGUGCGAUGUCACCAACGACAACGACAUGAGAGUGUCAGAUGCGGGAGCGAACUUGUUUGCCUUUUCCAUGCUGCAGACUCGAUCGAGUCGAGGUUCUGGUCGUGCAAAUUCGAGCACGACAGCAUCGAAGAGCAAGAAGACGGGUGACUGUGCUGCAGUGGGUGCAUGUCAGUUCAAAGCUGAAGCGAAACUCUCGCGAGUCAAAGAGUCUGCAUUUCCACCGACUGUACCUUCGACCGCAUCAGUGGCCUCGGCAACAGCCUCGUCCAAGUCACAGUCGUUUUCGACGGUGGACCCGCUUGUGCUUCGCGCCCGUGCUGUUCUACAGGACUGUAUCAGGACCCGCAAGAGGGAACAAAGCAAUGCUCGGAAGCGCUCCAUUGAAGGGUGCUUUGGUGGAGACCAGUCUGAAAGCAAGUGGCAUGGCUGGCAUGAUGACUUUAUCUCGAAGCCUACGGAGUACGGAGUAGUAAGCCCUCGCUCAAGCUACAGCAGCGACGAUGAGCUUAAACAUAUUUCGUUGGUGGACCAGCCUUUGUGCUCGGAGAAGUCCGACCGGGGCUGCGAUAGCAAGCUGGCCCAAGAGGAGAUGUACCGCCAGAUUCUCGUGGGAGAUUUCGACCUCAGCAGCAGCCCAGAGUAUCGUUGCUUCAGCCCUUCGUUUGAAGAAAAGGGACUGCCCGUCGAAGUUCGGUAUCAGCUGCCGCUCGCGCUGGGUACAGCCAACGAAACUUGCAAAGAAUGCGCGAUUUGCCAACUUUAUUAUGGCAUAGGCGACCACAUCGUCACGCUUCCAUGUCAGCACUUCUUCCAUGCGUGUUGCGUGGACAAGUGGCUAUGGGACCACACGUCCUGUCCGCUUUGCCGAACAGAAGUCACUCUCGACCAGAUGACGGAAGCGCCCAGCAUGGCACACAAGUUCACCGAGUGUUCUCCCCUGGAUCGGGAAACGAUUCGCCGUCAACUGCGCUCUUCUUCGCUGCACACAGGCUUUCGGUCCGUCGUUCCGGUAGAAAUCGAUGAAUGUGAGCAAGCAGUGUCGCGCAUGGCUAUCGACGACGGCUUGGAAGCUGAAGAGGAGCCAAGUGGUCUUAUUUGCCCGACUCCCCACUUCGCCACACAUGUCCAGGACAAGCGACAGUGA